AUGGAGAGAAAACAGAACAUAGAUGACACCAAGUGUGCAUGGAAUUCAAAAACUAGCGCCGGGAAUUAUUCUAUAGCUCUUCAAAAUAUGGUCGAUACCAAGACGUUGAAACCGAAAGAGGAAGGAGAACAAAUUAAUGAAUUGAAUGAAAAGACGAAGGGUGAGGUGGAAGAAAGGGCAUGGAUGUUGGGAACGAGGUAG